CGGCUCCAUAACGAAAAACGCGACCCCACGCGGAGGCGGAUACCUUCCCCCGCUGCCCUAUUCUUCUUCCUCUGAUUCCACACCUCGCGUCGCACGAAAUCCGACCGCGAUCCCAUCCAUCCCCAUCAAUCUCUCCCUUUGGAUGAAAUCAAGAAGCAGUCCAAGCCCUCUGACCUUUGUGUCCUCCAGAUUAGCAGCUGUGAGUGGUGGUAUCUGUCAUUUAGUUGGAAGGGGAAUCCAGACCUAAACUCAAUUUCUUAAAAUAUGCCAAACUUUUUGGGGAUUAUCGGUUCUUGAGCUACUUCAAUUGUGAAAGCAUGCAAAUGGACUUGCCACAAGACUAGUGGGGCAUCAGAGCCAGGGAACAACAUGAUUCUAAGUUUUGAUUACAGUUCUGAUGGUGUAUUGAUAUGGACCUUACACCCUUCAAGCUGGACAUUGACGAACUUUUAGAUGAGUUCACCGAGAAAUUGGGUUCAUGCUUUUAACUGGCAGGGAAACUUUACCACGCUGGCAGAUAUGAAGAAGGUGUGGAUGGCUAAGAAGUUUUCUUACAUCUAUGAAGCCAAACCAACUUCCAAUUCAGCCUUAUUUAUGCAAUCCCUCUAUGCCCAUUGCAUCAGUCAUAUGAUUUCUACUGGUUUUCUGUCACGGAGAUUGGGUGGACUUUAUUGCCUUUACUGUCUUUAUGAGAUUCAACCAUACAAACCUCACUUCAAGAUUUAUUUGUCUCUUGGAGAGUUAAAGAGGCUAAAAGCUCUGGUUGUUGAUGCAAAAGAAAAUAAGAUAGGCAUUGUACCUGCUCUAGUCAAAAGGAUGCUAGAUGGGAAUAUGUUUUUAUUUGGUUUUGUUGAUAUAGUUGGUGGCUCUGUAACUCAGAGAGUUGAUGAAAUCACAAAGCUACAGAACAGGCGUGCACAAAUUGCAUGUGAAAAAUUACUAGCAAAUACUCAUAUUGAGGACUAUCUGCGGAUGGACCUUGGCACAAAAUUGGAGCUGGAAACACUCAAGAAAAUGUCAACAGAAUAUGCGAAAGCGAAAGAACUGGCUAUCAAAGAGGCCAGCCAGAUGGUGGAAAUCGAAGACAUCAAGCAUAUAGCAGAAAAUAACAAAAUGGUGGGGGACAUGGUAAAGGAGAUUGUGAAAGAAUGGGAUGCUCAAAAAGAAGCAUUUUAUAAACAGACAGGAAUUAGCCAUCAGAAUGAAAUUGUGGCAGCUAACGGUUUUGAUGAGAUAGAACACCUGUUGAAUGAAUAACUACAUCUAGUAUAUCUGGUUUCAGCUGGUUUUACUAACUAUAUAUUUGGUUCCUAAACUCAGCACCAGCAAGUGACAGUUGUUAAAUGCUCGUGGCUAGCUGCUUGUUCAAAGCCUCUCUUCAGAUCAACAGGUGCUGAUUUAGCUAAGGGGUAUCUACGGGACGGCCAUUGUUGAUGUGUAAUUACCAAAGACACCAAAGACACUUUCAGAGGAUAUUUUUACAUAAUAAUUGCUCUAUCGAGAUAUGUUACAUUCUCUGUGAUAUGCAUCUCUGGUCUUGCUCACCUUUGCUAGUUAAUAUGUUGUCAUCUUCGGAAAAACUUCUUUAAUCGUUGGUUCACACCCAAUUUUUUGAGAUGUAUCUCUGUUUUUACCUGCUAAGCUAUUCAGCAACAUACUUGUUCAUUAAAAAAAUUUCAAAUGUUCAAAAUAGGCCAUGAAUUUUAAGUUUUCUA